ACCCUGAUCGUCCCUGAUCGUCGUGGUCGACAGCGACUUUCUGAAAUCGUUGAAUUGGAGUCAGAUUAAUGACUAUUUACAUGUCUAUCCAUCACCAAGCUACACCUGGUAUAUUUAAAUAGAGUAACUACUGUAACGUUGUUUUUAUCGACGGGAGGAUCGCCCGCAAUAGAGCAAAACUUUGUUGUGACGCUUUGUUGUCUGCAUGUACAUAUCUUUGUCUCUUGCCUCUUAGUGCAUUCAAGUACAGAGCAAGCUACUUGAACUCGUACUCCCAACACCUAAUCAUCAACAAUUCUAAUAUUCCGUAUCUGCUGCUAACGCGAUGGCACCUAGGGUGAACAAAAGGCAACAGCGAGAACUCGAAGAACUGGAAACUUUAGCGGGUCAUUCAAAUAUCAAUUCAACAGACGAAGAGGAGACCGUAUCAUUGUCCAAAGGCAAAUCUGGUGCAUCAGGAUUCACGGCGCUCCUCGCUGCAGAGGACAAUGUUGAAGGGGAAGAGGAAGAGGAGGAUGAACAUCUGAAGUCGCGGUCAUCGAAGUCGAAGAAGUCCAAGAGGAAGAAAAAGGUACCCGCCGUUGAAGAUAAACCCGAUGCGACCAUCAAAUCAUCCGGAUCCGGUACAUCCAUACAGCCCUUGCCCAAAAAUGAGAAGAAAGCAGCGAAGAAAGCUAAAGCUAAAGCGAGGAAAUCUGGGAUGGACGAGAUCGACGCUGCUUUAGAGGCUCUCUCAAUAAAACACCCAGAAUUCAAACGCAACUUGGCCGAGUCAAGCUCCAACUCCGUGGCGAGGUCGCUGACAUCUUUACUAGCAGUCAAUCCAACUCAUCUCGACAGUGAUGUCGAGCUAAAGAGAUUCUUUGGCUCUAAAGUCGUGGCGGCAAAUAAGGACAAACCAGGAGGGAAUUCCAAACGCGCCCAUGUUUCUCAACGAUCGGUGUUGACGAAACCUCAGGCAACCUGGGCUCCUGCACAUAUGAGAGAAGGGUUGUCGGCAAGGCAGUUGACAGAGGAAGAAGUCGUUGAGAAAUUGACCCGUAAUCGAUGGGAUACCAAUGCCGCUUCAGAGAAAUGGUGGACAGUCGAAUACAGUAAAAAGUAUAAGGGCAUAACGAUGUUGUUUCUACAAACUGUGCUCUCUGGCGACCCACAAGGAUUCUAUAAUAUCCUCCAAGGAGCUCCGUGGCACGCUGAUUCUUGGCUACAACUAGCCGAAGUAUUCAGGCAUCGUGAAGAGCAUUCUUCUGCCGUUGAUGCCGUUGACCGAGCCAUGUUUGCAUAUGAACGUGCCUUUGUCGGUGGUUUCAGCUUCACAAAUGGGACUAAUAGAUUGGAUUUUGACAGAGUGGAGAACCGCCCAUUUUUCCUUGCAUUACAUAGACAAGCAUCAGAUCUUCAACGGCGCGGGUGCAUGCGUACCGCGUUCGAGUUUGCCAAAUUGCUAUAUUCACUUGAUCCAUGGGGUGAUCCUCACGGGGCUGUCCUUCAUCUCGAUUUUCUGGCACUUAAAGCAGGAAUGUCGCAGUGGCUGUUGGAUGUAUUUGCCCUAUUUGAAUCAAAUUUCGUUGAAAAGUCAUCCACCUCACCCCAGAAAUCGUUACGGGUGGACCCUAGCGUGUUACCUGGAUGGGCGUACGCCAAGGCACUGGCGUUGAAGUUGUCCGAUAAAGAGGGAGGCGAAAGUGCUGGCACGGCAGCGCUUAUAGAAGCGGCGGAUUCUUUUCCCUCUGUCGUACCCUUGCUGGCGGAUAAAUUGGAUGUUAUGCUAUCAGCGAGCAUACGCGGUCACAGAGAUUUUCGAAUAGAAACGGAUUGCAGAUCCAUAUCUACUCCGGUUGCCAUCCUUCACCUCCUCUCGCAUAUUUAUGUCCAGCGUUCAUUCUCAUUGUGGAAGGAUCCAAAGGUCAUAAAUUGGUUCACCGAAACUAUGUCAUCCCAUUUUUCUUCGCUCCCUUCCUCUCUGCCUCCUACUACUCGAAGAAAUCGAUUCCUCUCCUUGUACGCGGAGAAAGAGAACACAGCCGCACUUUCCUUUGCAGUAUACCGCCAUAUUAUCGUUCUAGAAACCUCCUUAUCUUUCCGCUCACUAUUUCCAUUCAUACCGAAUUCAGUGCUGAAUAGCAACAGUGGAAAUUUAGCUUGUGAUCCACUACCUCCACCAGAUAAAGUUCGGGUGUCGGAGUAUGGAGAAACUUUUUUCGCUGGAGUUGAUAAAGAUGAGGGGCUGUUCGGUUUCGGAACGAGGCGAAGGAUGACAAGAAGAGAAAGAGAGCUGGAGGAAAGGAGGUUAGCGAGGAUGAUUCCAGACGUCAAUGAGAGGCGGCAGGUUCAGGCCAUAUUUGAGAACAAUGCCCACAUUCAACAACGCUUUCCUGGUGGCAUCGUUCAGUUUGCUCAAGCCAUGGAGUUGCUACCGCCGGAUGCUCUGGAAGAUAUGUUCGCUGCUGCUGCUAUAGGAGCAGAACAGGACAACGGUGACAGGGGAAUGCCUGGCCAAAUGCCGGGAUUGGAUGACUUUUUCUUUGGUGGAGCUGACAAUAAUGGCGCUCGCGAAGCCUUUAAUGAUAGACCGAUCGGUGAAGAGGAUGCGCGUGAAGAUGAGGAUGAGGAGGACGACGAUGAAGAAAAUGAGGAUGAAGAUGAGGAUAUUGCUCCCAUGCCGGUUCGCGUUAUCCGAAAUCUACUCGGACGGCUUUGGGGUGCUGGUGCUAAUGUAAAUGUGGAUGAUUCAACAGACUCAGAUGAGGAAGAAAUCGGGGGAGCCUUGAGAGACCACGGUGGUGUGGAUUGAUCGCUUGUCUUUGGCAAAACUAAGGCGCGGAUCCCAGAGCAUCCUUCGAAUAAUCAUUGUUGGCUUCGUUAAUGUUCGCGCCGCGACGGCGAAAGGUUGUAUUAAAUAUAUGUAAACACACCAUUCUUCCUGCCUUUUAAUAAGGGAUACUGUUAACAAUUCAAGAAGCAUAUGCAAACGUUUCACAAAACUAUCUAUUUCGCACAAGCUCUUUCUUGAAUUUUGCCUCGG